CUUCUAGUGGAUCUAAUGUAUGAACUAUUUAAACAUUUAAUCAUUGUCAUUAUUGUGCCAGCCCAAGUGAACAUUUGGUAUAUCACUCCUACAGCCGUUUUCUAUAUAAAAGAAAUUGAUCAUAAUCUUUAUUAUAACAGCCCAGCCCAUCAUUUUAACUCUGAGGCGUUUGCUGAGGGCCGGCGCCUUAUAACUGAUGGGGUGGCCAGCAUCAAGGCCAACAUACAAAAGGAGAACUUCCUGGCUGCCAGAGAGACACUGGGGAGAGUACUACACACACUACAGGACUUCUACAGCCACAGUAACUGGGUGGAUCUGGGAUACACUGAACCCUACGCCAACCUGAUCCGCCCCGAUCUCCCACUGGAAAACCUGGCAGAUGUCAGCACCCCGACCUGCAGUGACUGUGCCAAUGGGGGGUUCUGUUCCAACUCCAUCCUGCCUAACAUUCUUAAUGAGAAGAAACUCACCUCUGGGUACAUGGGGAUCUUCUCUGCAGCUAAGCCUAAAGGUAAGUGUAGUCAUGGCGGUGCAGCUGACCUGACCAGCUAUGAGGUUCCUCGCGGGGGCAUCAGCAAGGACAAGCGUCGCUCCAACAACGUGGCCCUGCACACCUCUGCUGUCACCGUGGCAACGACAGCCACCCUCCAGCUGCUGGACGACAUCCGGGGCGCCGCCGGUGACAACGACUACCUACGCCUCAUGGGCAUAGCGCGUUCGUCAGUAGUUGCUUUUGUGAUCGACACUACGGGGAGCAUGAGGGUUGAUAUCCUUGAAGCCAAACGAGUCGUCAAUGAGAUCAUCGACAGCAAGAAGGGAACGCAGGAUGAGCCCUCCCAGUACAUCCUGGUCCCAUUCAACGACCCAGGGUUCGGACCCCUGAUAAGAACAACAAACCCUGAUGUUAUGAAUGCAGAGAUCGCUAAACUCACGGCUGAUAGAGGUGGAGACAUCCCUGAGAUGUGCCUAUCAGGCCUACAGUUGGCGCUGACCGGUGCCCCUGCGUCGUCCCACAUCUAUGUUUUCACAGAUGCUAUUGCCAAGGACAUUGCGUUAAAGGACACCAUCUUGGCCCUGACCAGGAGCACCAAGUCAACCGUGUCUUUCUUCAUCACUUUUCCUGGUGCUAGAAGGAGUAGGCGUGCUGUAGAGUCCAGGGCAGCUACGUUCGAGAACUACAAGGACCUGGCGCUGGCGUCUGGUGGUCAGGCAAUCAGUGUCACCAAGGAAAAUCUGCCCCAGGCCACUGACGUCAUCAUCGACUCCUCCACCUCCGCUCUGGUGACAGUCCUACAGCGAGCGAGGAACCCAGGCAACGCGGAGACAUUCUCUUUCCUGCUGGAUGAGUCUCUGAACAACAUCACCAUCUACAUCACUGGAAAGUCCCUCACCUUCACCCUGAAGAACCCUGCAGGUGUGACCCAGAAACAGAAUGAGGCCAACGGGAAACUGGGGACCGUCCAGACGGUGGGCAACCUCUACCGGGUCCGUCUGGCCCCCGACAAACAUACGGGAUUAUGGGAAAUCAGCAUGAACUCCAACCAGCCCUACACACUGAAGGUCAUGGGUCAGAGUACCAUUUCCUUCAUUUAUGACUUUGUGGAGACCUUCGAGGGACCUCACCCAGGAUAUGCCCUCAUCUCUGGCCGUCCAAAAGCAGGUAUGCCUGCCAUGCUGUUGGUAUCAGUGUUGGGCAGAAAGGGCCCAGCCUCUGUCAAGGUGGCCAACGUUGCCUUGGUGACAGUGUCAGGGUCAGAGGUCGUAGGCGGGGCCCUGGAAGACAUGGGCAACGGGGACUUCCUAGUUACGGUAACCAAGGUCCCUGCGGGGGAGUUUGUGGUGCUGUUGAACGGGACAGACAUGGUCUCCUCCACCGUGUUCCAGAGACAGUCCACCACUCAGAUGUCUGUCUCCAAGGUUACCAUCAAGGCCGUGGUGGACAGAAGCAUGGAGCCUGGUAAACCCUUCACCCUUCCCUUCACCGUCAUGACCGACGCCACUGGAGGCAGCUACAAAAUCAGUGCCAGAAACGACAGAGGCUUCAAAAUGAACGUCCCCAGCAGCGUCGCUGUGACCACCGGAGGAAACGCCACUGGUGAAGUGAUCAUCACGGUGCCCGGUAACACCACAUCGGGAACGGACGUCACCCUGACAAUCGAGGCAGUGGCACCCGGGGCCACCGCCGACUCCAACUACGCCGUCCUGCGCCUUUCUGUCGUCACCGAGGUGACAGAUUUCACCCCUCCCCAGUGUGAGGUGGUUAGCGUCUCGGUGGUCGACUGCCCAGCAGACCCAGCAGCCUGCAGCUCCGCCUUCUGGCAGCUCUCUGCCAACCUGACCGAUGGCGUCAACGGCACGGGGAUCGCCAGCCUCAGACACCGCCAGGGAGUGGGCAGCCUCACCCACACGGACCUAAAGCAGACGGUUGUUGCAGCAGCGUUCAACGCUUCGUGCUGCUCUCUAACAGUGGAGCUGGUGGCGGUGGACAAGGUCAUGAAUGUCGGCACCUGUCGGUUUUCCAUCGUCCGCAACGCGGGACCGCCCUCCCUUGCCCUGUCCUUCCCACUGUUGGUGUGUCUGCUGGUCUUUGCCCUCUUCACUACGUCCCUCAGAGACCUACUUAUCUGAUCUAAUGCUGCGUUCAUAACCAAGUGGGAAUCUGUAAUUUAAACUUGUUGGGAAAUACUGAUUUGGCUAAUGGCCAACCAGCUGCGACAACCAUAAACUCAAAGUACAGCCAUCAUGCUUGCCAACUAAUUAUAGUUUUCAAAAACCAUAUUAAUAGAUUGCUUUUAAUAAUGUUUUGUUGCAUUUAACUGCUGAAAAUGCUGUUAUCGAGUUAAUUUCCUUAGCAGGUGACAUCAGAGGUCAGCAUUUGGGAGAAGUUGUAGCUCAGGGGUGAUAGACUAGUAAUUACCAGUUGGAGGGGCAUUCAAGUGGAUUUUCCUAUGUCCUAUGUGGUAAAUGCCACCUUCCCACUUG